AUGGAGGAGCAGGAGUUUUGCCUUCAAGAGCUGCUGGAAAUAGAAGGCAUGGAGGAUGAGUUGCUGAUGCAUGAGAUGUGGACACAUUACAACAGUGAUGAUGACACAGAGGAUGAUGAUGAUGGAGGUACAGCAGCAGCAGAUGGCAGUCAAUCAGAGCAACCAAAUCACCAGGAUGAGAAGUGGUUUUAUUUAAGUCCAGAUAUGAGAAGGUUUUAUUUGCUUCCUGCUGAAGAUGACCCUUAUAGUUGCUGUCAGUCCAAGAGGUUUAAGAUAAAAGCCAUGUUCAUGUGUGCCACAUCUAGACCUAUUAAGGACAGUGAGGGAAGGAUGAUACAUGAUGGGAAAUUUGGUAUCUACCCUUUUGUUGAGUAUGCAAGAGCUAAGUAUUCAACAAAAAACAGAAGGGCAGGUACUAUGUUGACAAAGGCAAUUGAAAGUGUUACACUACCAGUUAUGAGGAAUAUGAUAGUUAACACUAUCAUACCUGCCAUAAUGAGGAAUUGGCCAGAAGAUCAGCAGCAGAACUCAGAAUGGAUUCAAUAUCCAACUCAUCAAUCAGCCAGCUCAGUCCCUGACUUAAAUGUGCUAGACUUGGGGUUUUUUAGAGCAAUUCAGGCACUACAAUAUCAAUCAUUUCCUAAGAACCUAGAUGAACUGAUUUUAAGAGUGCAGGACUGUUAUGAUUUCUUUGACCCAGAAGUUUUGAAGUACACUUGGUUGCAAUUACAAUAUGUUAUGGUAGAAAUACUAAAGUGCAAAGGGGGGAACAAUUUCAAGAAUCCACACCAUGCAAAGAGAAAGUUAGAGAGAUUGGGAUUACUUCCAGAAAAUGUAACAGUGGACCAAGCUGUGAUAGAUGAGGCAGUUACAUACUUGAAUGAGAGGUUUGUGAAUGUAGGAGAAGCAUUUGACUACUUAGAUGCACAUCAAGAGUAG